AUGAGGUCAGAGAACCAGAGCUGCAUGUCCAAGUUCCACCUCCUGGGCUCCCCCAUCUGGCUGGAGCAACAGGUCAUGUUCUUUGCCCUGUUCCUAGGCAUGUAUCUGACCAUGGUGCUGGGAAACCUGCUCAUCAGGCUAGAUUCUUGCCUCCACACCCCCAUACCUCUCCCUCAGCCACUUGGCUUCACAGAUGUCUCCUUUUCAUCUGUCACUGUUCCUAAGAUGAUGAUAAACACGGAUGCUUGAGAUCAGUCCAUCCCUUAUGCUUGGUGCAUUUCACAAAUGUAUUUCUUCACUAAUUUUAGUUGUAUUGAUAGCUUUCUUCUCACAGUGAUGGCCUAUGACAGGUCUGUGGCCAUCUGUUACCCUCUCCAUUAUACCACCAUCUUGAGGAAUGAGUUUUGUAUCAUCCUAGUGGCUAGGUCCUGGUUUUUAUCUUGUACCCAUGCUCUGUUGCGCCUUCUUCAUGGACUGUUGUCCUGUGCAGGAACUAUUGUUCGCCACUUUUGUAAUCUUGCUGUUUUGCUAAAGUCCUCCUGCUACACCUCCUGCAAUAAGCUGCUUAUUCUCAUUGAGGGAGGAUUGAUCUUCAUCCUGCCAUUGAGUGGUAUCUUGGGCUCAUAUAUCCACAUGGCAUGCAUCAUUCUGAAGGUCCUCUCCUCCAAAAGAAACUUCAAAGCCUUGUCCACAUGUGGCUCCCACCUCUCUGUAGUGUUUUUAUACUAUGGGACAAUUGCUGGUGUUUACUUUUUCCCUUCAUCAGGCAACAUACUUGCUUCUGUGAUGUACAUGGUGGUCACCCCCAUGCUGAUCCUCUUCAUCUAUAGCCUGAAGAAUAAGGACAUGAAACGUGUUCUUCAGAAAAUCUUUAGAGCCAAGGACUCUAAAGAGUCCUUGAUUGCUUUGGCUUUUGUGGGUCUUUUGUGGUUCUCUAAGAAUGGAAAGAAUGGUGGAGAGAAAAGCAGCAUGAGUCUGGAGAACCAGAGCAGCGUGUCCCAGUUCCUCCUCCUGGGGCUCCCGAUCCAGCCAGAGCAGCAGGGCGUGUUCUUCACCCUGUUCCUGGGCGUGUACCUGACCACGGUGCUGGGGAACCUGCUCAUCAUCCUGCUCAUCAGGCUGGACUCUCGCCUCCACACCCCCAUGUACUUCUUCCUCAGCCACUUGGCCUUCACUGACGUUUCCUUUUCAUCUGUCACUGUCCCAGAGAUGCUGAGGAAUAUGCAGACUAAGCACUUACACAUUUCCUAUCCAGGAUGUAUUUCACAGAUGUAUUUUUAUAUACUCUUUGGUUGUGUUGAUAAUCUCCUUCUUGCAGUGAUGGCAUAUGACAGGUAUGUGGCCAUUUGUCACCCUCUACACUACACCACCAUCAUGAAGGAGGAUCUGUGUGUGUUGCUGGUGGCUGGAUCCUGGAUUCUCUCCUGUGGCAGUGCCCUCUUGCACACCCUCCUCCUGACUCAGGUGUCUUUCUGUGAUGACAACAUCAUUCCCCACUUUUUCUGUAGCCUCCCCAUCCUGCUCAAGCUGUCCUGCUCCAAUACCUCUCUUAAUGAGCUGGUCAUAUUUACUGCAGGGGCUGCGGUUGUCAUUUUUCCAUUGAGUGGUAUCCUGUUCUCUUAUGGCCGCAUUGGGGCCUCUAUUCUGAAGGUUCCCUCUACCAAAGGUAUCUGCAAAGCCCUGUCCACCUGUGGCUCCCACCUUUCUGUGGUUUCUCUAUUCUAUGGAACAAUUAUGGCACUGUACUUUUCCUCCUCAUCAAGCAACUCUAAUGACAAAGAUAUGAUUGCCUCACUGAUGUAUACAGUGGUCACCCCUGUGUUGAACCCCUUCAUCUACAGCCUAAAGAACAGAGACAUGAAAUUGGCUCUGGGGAUUCUUUUCAGAAACAAUAUCCUUUUCACCAAGUGA